AUGUAUGGAGAUGCAGGGGCUCCAAAGAAGUAUAGCACCCCUCGUGGCGUUGAUGAAAAGUCCGUCUCAGCACGUGUGUGUCAGAAGUGUGCAUCUACAGACCACUGGACGUUUGAAUGCAAGAGCGGAGCUCACACUCCACGCAACACCACAACAACGCGGCUGAGUAGAACGCAGAUGCUGCGUUUUGGAAUAAAGCAGAAACGGGAGGAAUUUGUACCGGAACCAACAGAGAAAGAGGCGUACAUGGCACAGGUGAAGGAGGUUGAGAAACUGCUCUUGGCUGAAGCAAAGGGGCAAGCAGUGCAGAAGAGACGAGUGGAGCAACGGAGAGAAGUAAAAGAUGAAGACAUCAACAGUGAAAGAGAACAAGAUACAAAAAGUGAAGACGACGAUAAUAUGUUGGUGAAAACGGAGAAGAAAGAAAGUGAUGAGUAA